CGGAUCGAUGCUUCUCUUCUAUUAGAUUGAGAUCGAUCGAGAAGAAGCAGCUAGCGAUAAUGGAGGAGCCGAAGCCGGGAGGAAUCCACGACUCUGAUGAAUCCACUCAGAAUAGCGCAGAGAUCGAAGGUCUUGCUCUCUUCGCCGUUCAACAAUACAACAAGACGGCGAAUGGUCCUCCAGUGGAGCUGGAGAGGGUGGUGAAAGUGAAGGAGCAGGUGGUGGCCGGUGUGAUGUACUACCUCACGCUGGAGGUGAAGGAGGGCGAGGAGAAGAAGCUGUAUGAAGCCAAAGUCUGGGUGAAGCCAUGGAUGAACUUCAAGGAGCUGCAAGAGUUCAAUCCUGUAGAAACACAAAGUCAAGUUGAUGAUGCUGCUGCUGCUGCUGCAGUAAUUAAUUAAUUAAUUAAUUAAUAGUUCAGGUGUGCAAGAAUAAAGAGAGAGAGAGAGAAGAAUCAUUGUGGAAUGUGUUGUGCUUAUUUGUAAUGUGAGACUGAUAUUAAUUAAGUUUACUAUUGUGAAAAAAAAAAUGAUCAUGGCUGGAUGUUUAUUUUGUAUGGAAUAAUCUUUGUAAAGAGACUUUAUGUUAUUGGUAUGAACUUGGCUGGAAUAAUCUUUGUAUGAACUUGUUUCAUUAAUUGUCAAGAUAUUUUUAUUGUUCCUAA